UCCGGACGAAUGCGCAAACACGCGGCAGUCGUGCGCUCUUCUCCGUAGCGUUCGUUUAAAGGAUCGGAAAUUGUUGAAUCGUAGAUCGUAGACCGUAGAUCCCGCGAUGGCGGACGCGUCGCGUGCGAAAUCGCGUCCCGCCACCGGUAAAUUGCCCUCGACGACGGGGGUUCCGUUGCCACGCGGAAAGGAAAACGUGCGUCCUUCCGCGGCUGCCAGCAAUAAAAAAGUUUCGUUUACAAAAGAAUCCAUUUGCCGAAGGCAUGUCGAUCGUGCUAGCAGUCAGGUGAACCACGCGUUCCCCAAUAGCCUCGCUGUCAAAAAGAUACCCUUUCAAGUCCAUUGCGACGACAAGCCUCGAGAAGAAUCGCGUCUACGAAUCCAGUCAACGAACGGUCCUGGGUUGCGAGUAAUCGACGAUGUCUUGAACGAAGCGACGAGGGAACGGUCGAUCAUCGGUCGCGGGACGAUCGAGAAAUCCCGCUUUGAUAAGAAGCCGUUGCCCUCCAAGAUACCCCGUCGCUCGAGGUCGUGUUCCGUUUCAACAGACCGAAACCUCUCCAAACGAUCGACGGAAAUUGAGAAAAAAGUUAGUCGUUGGAUCAACGAGAAAGAGAGAGGCAGAGCGUCCUGCACGAUGGUGUCAUCGAUACCGAUCGAGUCAGCAAUCCAGGAGGACGGACGUACGGCGAACAAGACUUACAAUAUCGAUAGUGUUGAAAUUCCGAGCCGUCCCAAAAAACGAGAGUCUCUACCGGUCGAGUUGCUCUAUCACACAGAGUAUCACGAGGAUCUACCGAACGUCGAACAUCAGAGAGAGGAGCGAUCUAUUCGAUUGUCCGCAAACUUCUUACAAAGGCGUGUAAACGUGGAACAAAGGAGGCUGGUGGUUAUCUUUAUGAUACACGUUGGGAAGCAUUGCCGGUACCCGUCGUUCAUCGUGUAUCAAGCAGUGAAGCUAUUCGACGUGGUGCUGGAUAAAAUCCCGUUGGACACGGAGUUCCUACAACUAGGGGCAUUGGCCAGCUUGUGGAUCGCGUUGAAGAAGCAAGAAAAUUAUCACAAAAUACCGACGGCUUCGGCGAUGGUGGCCCUGGCUAAAGAAUUGUACAUCAGUCGAGAAGAUUUGCUGAUCGCCUACGAGAGAGAGAUCCUGAUGUCUUUAAACUUUAACGUGACGUUCGCGGACCCGUUCUCUCUGUUCAACCAUCACCUGAUCAACAGUAAACGUUGCGCCGGCGUUUCAGAAGAGACUGCCCUGUUUCUUUAUCAUUGCGGCGGCUAUUUGAUCGACGUAACGCUGCUGGACGAACAGUUUUGUAGAAUAAGCGCGAGUCUGAUCGCCGUGACGGCAGCCGAGCUGGCACUCGGCCUCACUUUCGAAGCGGUUGUGGAGAACGCUCGUCCGCGCUGGUUAUUUUGGAGAGGUCAGCUGUUCGCCAACGAACCUUCCUUAUCCGAAAGGUUUCAGGACAAGGAAAUCGAUCAAUGCCGGAUCACGAUGUUGCGACGCGUGUUAAAUUCUGGAUUGAAGCGCAACGGCUUCGAGGUGGUGUUUAAAAAGUACAGUAGCAGCAGAUACGGUCGGAUAGCGGAACGUUUAAUAGAGCGAGCUGCGAAACUAUCGCUCUCGGAAUCGUUGUUCGACCCGUAACGCGUCGAAAUGGUGCGGCGUCGCGUCGGUCCCCUUUCACGAUCUACACGAAUUGAUAGCGAGGUAAGGAAGAAACGAGAAUAAAGUAAAAAUGCGUGUAUUGUU